AUGAUGAAAAUAACAUUUGGAACUUGUUUCCCUCACCCAGGCGCAGGUCACCCAGGUCACCCUUUGGAGCCAGGCCUGGAGGUCGGGCUCAAUGGUGAGCUCCUGGUGGCCGGGCCUGCACCCAUGUGGUCCGGCCAGGCACAGCAUAAAAAGGCAACGUGGGUCGCCCUUCCCAUGUGCUCAAUACUUGUGGGAGGGAAAGAGCCUGACCUGGUGCGCAGGGUUGAGAAGUUCCGACUAGAGUUCGUCAGGCCCACCUCCACACACAGCUUGGGCUCUGGUACCAGUCCUCUUCAGAGCGGUUGGAUUCUCUUCCACUCUGGAGUUGCCCACGUCGAGUGGCGCCUAGCAGGUUGGAACAGUUCACAGGACCCACCCUUCUUGGAGUCCUUGGAGGGGGCGCUGGAGGGCGCCCCUGCUGUGCACUUCCUCAUUCUUCUGGGGGAUUUCAACGUUCACGUGGGCCAUGACAGUGAGACCUGGAAGGGCGUGAUCCGGAAGAACGGCCCCCCUGACCAAAACCCGAACGCUGUUCUGAUGGAACAGAACUGGACUGAUUUCAAUAAAUGGGAUCCGGAACCGUCAGAUAGCGAACUCCCUUUGGGACAGCCAGACGAGCUUCCUCCGGUGGAGAUCGACGAAGGGGUUCUGGCGAGGAGGGUCCGUCGGGAGGUUGAGAUUCAGGAGGACCAGUGCGGUUUUCGUCCUGGCCGCGGAACAGCGGACCGGCUCUACACCCUCGGCAGGGUUCCGGAGACCGCGUCCGACGGAGAGUUUGCCGGAAGUCGGCCAAUGCGACCGCACUCGGCAUUUUGGGCAAAUCUCGCGGAGUCACCGAAAGCCGUCCGGCCCGACACUUUGCCCCGCCCCCGCCCCCGCCCCCGCCCCCGCUCGCACUCACAGCGGGUCCGCAUCCCGCCUCCUCUCGGCUCUCGCUCCCCGGGGCUUAACCGAACCGCGGCCCGCGGCAAAUACGAAAACGGGCCGAGAGAUUCGCCCGAGUCGCACGACGGACUUCCCGCCAUCGCUGGCGAGGCACAAGAACAAAUCGGUCGCGUCUCUUCCGCGCCUCGGAACGGCGAUCGCUUACUGGCCGCUUUGUGCCGUCUCAAGACAGACAAGAGAGGAGGGGGGGCGCAGGCGCAUCUGAGGACAGACGCAGCUCAGGCAGCUAACUGCCCCGCAGAGGACACAAACGAGGGAGGGAGACGCGCACACGCAUAUGACUCGGCGAAACCACGGCACCGCAUUGCAGUGCGUGCGUGCGGACGCGGCAUCGACUCGCACGCACACAAAAGCCGCGUGUGGGCGGUGGCUCGUAACUGGAAGGCGCAGUUCUCCUCCGAGUCGGGGGUGUCGCUACGGACGCCGCAGGCGGCCUUUCCGCUGCGUUCGAGGCCAUUUCCGGUCGCCGACCGUGGGACAGCGCCUUCGAGAACAAGCGGACCGAGACGACCGGACGGUACGUUUAAUCGUGCUGCAAAAUCGAUCCGGGAGUCGGCGGCGGCGGCGGUCUGCGGCACCGAGGGGCACGCCGAGUACGUCGUCGCGGCGCGUGACCGAAACGGACCGAUCGCGCGGGGCGAUCUCCGCGCGGCAAAGAUCGUGGGUGACUCAGCUCCACUCAGCCCGAGAGUUCGAAUCGAGAAAAACAAAAGUCUUCACUUCCGUGUUUGGCGUCCGGUUGCCACAGCGACCAAACGGCAGACCACCACGAGCACGUCGGCGACUCGGCGUCCAACAUCAAACUUUUUGCAUCGGCAGCCUCGCGACAUGACGUCACCGGCAGUGGGCGUGGCCAGAGAGCCCACGCUGGACAAGCCGAUGAAGAUACUUUCCGAGGGUCCACCUUUGACUUCGGGAGCCAGAAGCAGGUUGCGCGGAGACGGGGGUGUGGCUGCAGCAUUGUCCCGGUGGAGGGUCCAAUCCCGACAGGAAGUCCCGCCCCCCCGUCGCCCCCCCGUCCCCAACUUUGUGACCCUCAACCAGGAAGCGGUGAAGUCGGGUCACGUGACUGCCAAACAACUGAGGGAGUACAGAGAACAGAUGGGCGUGGUCCAGCACAGCCCCGCCCACAAAGCGCACAGAGGCGGAGCUUCACAACGUCCGCCAGUUCCGGACAUAACCUUUGGAGUUAAAAACAGGGCACCGUCUCCACUCUUCGACAUUUUGUCCCACGAGUACGCUCGCCGCUGGAUGCAGGAAAACAUGAAAGGUCGCAGCGAGCACGAGCGACGCCACGCAGUGAAGUGUGUGUCCUUUGCACACACACGCACCUCUUUGCUGCGCACCAACACGGUGCUUCCUCACAUAAACACGCACACACGUGCACGCUAUGCGCAGGUGGGCCCCGCUCUGGACACCUUCAGGAAGCGUCGCACAAGUCAUCACGUCAAGUGAGCAAGUCUACAAGAUAAGCCGUCAAGUCGAUUUAGCGAAAGCGAAAAGUGAAAAGUGAUGUCGUGUGUGAAGGAAAGAAAGAAAGAAAGAAAACAAGUUUGUGAAAAGCCUCCCCGGUGUCCGCCCCU